AUGACGCUCCGCACAUCAUACCUUCGAAACAGAUACAUCUUUGUCAAAGGCGAGGAUAUGAUCCCUAUUCUCUCCGGCCUGGGCGCCCGACAGGAAGACUUUGAGUCGGUCCAACAGAUCAGCGACCUCACAGGGCCCGACCCAACUCUCGACUACCGGUCCGUCACCUAUGGCCGAUACUGCAUCGACCCAGAGACGCGCAGUAUACGCCGCCUCGAGUCUCAGCCUUACACUCUCACCGUUCAGGAGGACUACAAGCGCCAUGACUCGGGCGUGCCCAGGACGUUUGACGAAGCGCCCUCGGACAUGCAAGGCAACACGGUCGUCCAGGCCCUCCUGCUCUUCAAGGCGCUCAUCUUCCACGGAGUCCAAGUGCCGCCCCGAGACCGGCUCGACUACUCCUCCUCGCGCUGGGUGACCAUCAUGUUCAACGCGCGGACGCACACGGCGCGCAACCAAGGCAUAUUUGGCGAGCCGGCUCUCGAGGGCGUGCACUCGGACGGCUCCGACCAUACCAUGACCGUCUUCCUGGGCAGCCAUAACAUGCGCGCCGACAGCGCCGUCACCUUUAUGCAUGACAACCAGGAGACGACGGGCGUGCAGACGUGGGAGACGAACCCGACACUCAUCAAGGGCCGCGUGCACCACCAGCACCUCCUCGACACGCUCAUCUUUGUCGACCACGAGUUCAAGCACAGCGUCACUUCGGUGCACCAGCAGGAUGACUCGUACCCGGCCACGAGAGACAUGCUCGUUGUCUUCACGCGCAGGCCUAAAAUGAGCGGGCAUGUGUCGGGGUAUGCGGACACGAUGGAUCUUCACCCCACAGCACCGUUGCAUGUGCCCAUGUGGCUGCCUUGA